AGAUGACGUAGUGGUUCCGGGUUUCUAGGUCCUGUGAAAAGGUAACUGUCGGUCAUUCUCUCUGUUCAGAGAGACCAUGGUAGUAGUAGGCGCGCAAUUGACCGGGUUUUCCGCUGUUGAAGGUAAGAAAGCAACCUGCCUGCCAACUAAGCGGGGUAUCACUCUCUAGCUCGGCUAAUGUGAUCCCAUUACCGCCUUUAUCCGUUUGUAGGUUUCUGUUUGGCUUAGUUGGAGUGGACUGUGUUAUAUUUGGUUCAAUAACAUCCUCGGCAGCUAGCAUCAUUUUGCAUGCCCACGGUUCUCUAUGACACAUGCUGUACCAGCAGCAUUUGACGGCUUUUAUCAUCACUUUGUCUGCCUCCUCUCCUACCAUGCAAUGUGUAAAAAUGUAGGAUAAAUUAAACUCAAUUGUUUUCCGCUCUGCUUUGUUGCCAUGGAAAUAAAUCAGCAACGUGUGAUGUGUGUAAUACAGGAAAUUUGCGCAAUUCAUCCUAAUGUAACAGCCUCAAAAUCGACUCAGUUGGGAUGUUCCUCAACCAUGCUGCUUUCUUACCACUUAUGUCUGCUGCCAUUUCCCCUUCACUGUUAAAAUAGCGAUCUGCAAAUGAAAUCAUCUGAAUAUUCAGCCGGUUAGAGUCCCUUAAACAAAGAGAGCCAGAAAAACUCGUCUCUGGAGUCACUGUUGUUUCAGCUACUUUAUUAGCUUGGAGGGAAUGUCUACCAUAUACUGUAUGCUGUAAUUACCAAGGAAUGUUAACUGGUGUUCCUUAGAAUGAACUGAAUUUAUUGAAAGCCAGAGGUGAAAGAUCUGACCUACUAAAGUUGCCUCACCACCUUUUUUUCCCUCUCUUUCACCUCCAAGAGUGCUGCCAGAUGUUUUUUUUUAGAUAUACAGGCUUGUACUGUAUGUGACGCAGAUCAGUACUGUGUGAUUCACUGAAAUGUGAAUCACACUUUGUGCAAUAUUGGACCUUCAGGACGGGGAGGGUUUGUUAGUACAAUGCCCACUUCUUGUCGAUCAGGAAUUAGAUAAGGUAAACUGAGGAAAAACCCAGUCAUGUUAGAACCUAAGAGAAGAGGCUAACCCUUCUUCAUAAUGCUGUGGAGGACAUAAGUAUCCUUCUUUAACUGUUUUUAAUUGAAAAGUAGAUCCCACGUGACAACUUUAAUAUACAAUUACUUCAUUCAUUUUCUUGUUUUCAGUGGUUUUCUGUCACUGCAGGGGUUGUUUAUGUUGCUGAAGCAUCAUUCAAUGUUAUCAGUGGUAACUCUGUCAUCUUAACCUUCAUCCUGAGGUUAUUAGUGAGCUAAGCUUGUCCCAGAGUGACCUUUUCACUGACCACUGAGUGGGGUGAGCUUCAAGAGUAUUGUCAUUGGUUCUCUGUCGCUCUAUCCUCUCCAGUAUAGCUGGCACGACUGUGGUCAUUGGACGGAGAGGUCACAUCUCAACACUGCUUUAUCCCUCCUUGACCUCUCUGAUGACCUGAUCAAUUUUGUCAAAAAGGGGAAAAGAGUUGUGACUCUUAAAUAGAGGGAGGGAUCUUGAAAUGAUCUUGAAAACACCCCCUCCUAAGAGGACUCCCAUAAAAGCGAGUAUUGAAGCUGACAGAUAUUCAGAGGCUGUUUGGUACAGAACAAGAAGGAGGUGAGUCUCUGAUGAGCACUUAGUGGAGUUCUUCAUCUGUACAGUAUCAUCAGGAUAAAUUUAGAAGACUUCUAGAUGUAGGUUGGAGGUCAUCUUAAGCCAUUUCUUUUUGUCAGGGUUGUCUUUUUUUUUUUUUUUUUUUUUAAAGAAGUGUGCCACCAAAGUACCAACUUCCCUUUACCAGGCAACAGUUGGCAUGUGACCCCUGUGCAGGAUGAAAUUCAAAUCUUAUUUUAUCCUUUUUUUAAAAUUCUGUGAUUAACCAUUCGAUGUAUUUUUUUAAAUGGUUGGCAAAGUGAAUUUACUUGUAACUGUUCUUUCUUUUUUCCAUUUCUAGGUGUUACAUCAGGGUUACAGUGGACCACAUAUUUUUGUACUGCAGCUGUGGAAUUCGUGCCGGAGCACUUACUUUUCUGAGGCUCCUUGUUUGACACACCCCCUACUUUACGAUUCCAGGACCAGCACACUGUUCAAAACUAGUUUGACCACCCCUGCUGCUCAUUUACCUUCCUUUCCUCAAGUACUUUUUCAUAAAGCAGUAUGGGUCUUCAGGCAGACUCAGCCCUCCAAGCUAUCCUCCUUUUUCCAGUCCACUUACUAGUAUGGCUGUACUCUGUCCUGUCCUUCCUCCCCUGGUACUUCAUCACUGGUGCUGGGGAAAGACAAGCUCAGUCCAGGCGGGAAAAGGCCCGUUCAACUACAGACCAAGCAGAGGGCCCAUACCGCUCUGUGGACCAUUUUGAGUGCCUGGCCACAGAGGACUUCCCUGGCAAAGACACACUGGAUAAGCUGUUCGACCAUGCUGUGCAGCGCUUUGGACCAGGCCAUUGUCUCGGCACUCGAGAUAUACUGAGCGAAGAGAACGAGAUCCAGCCCAGUGGAAAAGUAUUUAAAAAGGUAAGAAUUCCCAUUACUUCAUUUCCUUUGGAUGCUUGUAAGGAAAAUAUAUCUAAUAUUUAUUUUUCCUCUGCUAGCUAAUCCUUGGGGAGUAUAGAUGGCUCUCUUACGAUGAAGUGGACACUAUCAUCAGCCAGUUUGGCAGUGGAUUGGCAGCUCUGGGGCAACAGCCGAAAAGCAGCAUUGCGAUCUUUUGUGAGACCAGAGCAGAGUGGAUGAUCACUGCUCAGGCAUGCUUCAGGCGGAAUUUCCCAUGUAAGUCAAUCAUGGUUUAGUACAAAAUGCCAUCUUUUUAAAAAUGUUUUCAUUGCUUUUUAUAAUUUUUAAUUUCGUGUUCACUGCAGUGGUGACAUUUUACGCCACUUUGGGAGAUGAAGCGAUCGCAUAUGGGCUGAAUGAGACUGGAGUUACACAUCUAGUGACAAGUGUGGAUCUGCUAGAGAAUAAACUGAAGGUGAGUAAAUCUCCUACAGUACCAAAGCAGAGAAAAGAGCUGUGAUCACAAGUUGAUCAUGAAACGUCUUUGUUCUCUAUGAAUGCAUUUCUAUUAAAGGGUGGGGUGAGGUGGUUUCAUGAACAUCAAAGCUGAGUGCAGCCACAUGGAUGAAUGAAUGAAUGAACACAGUAUCUGUGAGUGAAAGCAGACAGAUAAAGAAGACUUCUGCUAAGAGAAUAUUGUUUAGUCUGACUCCCAGACUUGGUUUAAAUCUUGUCAAGUUUUUAUAAGAAAUGGAUUAACUUCAUUAUGACAGCUGUUUUCAAAUUAUCAGGCUGAGUCAGAGUCGGGACUGACCAAGAGAGAAAGAUUAGGAAAAUAAAGCUGGGAGUGAUGCUAAAUACUUUACACAGACAGUUUUAUGUAUUCAUGUAUUUUUUAAUAUUUGUGAUAGUUGUGGUGUGACACAUACUUAAAAAAGAACGUUUUGUUUACUAAAUAAUAAAUGUUGUAUGGUGAGACCUCAAACACAACUGUAAUUCCAGACUUAUUUGUGGAUUUUUACGAUCUUCUAGUGUUUCAAGUGUAGGAUUUUUUUUUUUUUUUUCAGUUCACUGGCUUCAGUUGCAACCGACUAUAAAGAUUAUGUCAGUGAUAAUUGAGACAGAAACCUCUCUCCUCUGUCAAAGGAAAUCACAUGCUUGCGCAUCCUGUUGUGAUAACAGAGCUGUCCUCUCUUUAUGUCCAGAGUGUGCUUCCACUGAUCCCCAAACUGAAGCAUGUGAUUUACGUGGACCAGAAGAAAGUGAGCACAGAAGGCUACCCAGCAGGACUGUCCAUCCACAGCAUGGAGGCCGUACAAGAGCUGGGCUCGCUGCCUGAGAAUAGUGUGUAUUUCUCUGAUUACAUUACCACAACUACUGAUUGCAUUAGUUGUACUUUGUUCAGGGGUGAAAAAAAACGUACACAUAGUACCAGUCAAUAACUGUCUGUUGUCUUUCAGUGGGGAGGGCGAUUGUGAAGCCUCAGCCGUGUGAUCUGGCUGUGGUGAUGUACACCAGUGGCUCUACAGGCAGACCGAAAGGAGUCAUGAUUGUCCACAGAAACUUGAUUGCAGGAAUGACAGGCCAGUGUGAGCGCAUCCCUGGACUGGGGUCAGUAUCAAUUUAUUGAUUUUCAUUUAGGCUCUAGGUUUCUUUAACCUUCCCCUAGCCAGCAUUGCUCCGCUUCACAGCUCACCUCCCUGCCCCUUUUUUGUCCCUUUUCCAACUAAAACACUGACACCAGACAGAUAGCUGUGGAAUUUUCCAUAUAAAUUUAAUGAGGGCUUGUAAAAGCAUAAUAAGCUGCAUCUUGUAUCUAGAAGUGUAAAGCAAUAAAAUCAUGCUUUUUACAGAAUGUCUUCUACAUUUAACACUGUGAACUGUUUAUCCAUCAUCAAAGAUGGUCAUUGUCAACACUGGAAGAAGAGAACAUGAAGUUCCUGCUGGGCCUGACCUCUACUUUCUCUCUCUGUUCUGUGGCAGGCCUAAUGAUACUUACAUAGCCUAUCUGCCCCUGGCUCAUGUCCUUGAAAUGACAGCUGAGAUUUCCUGCGUCACAUAUGGUUGUCGAAUUGGCUACUCAUCACCCCAGACGCUGUCCGACCAGGUAAUACUGAGCACCAACAACAGCUUUGUUAGCAUCUGUGGCUAAUGUAUGUAAGAUUUCUUCUUAACAACUUGAGUGAGAUUACUUGGACUAGUCUACAAAGUUAUCAUCGGUCUAAUAUUUGCUGCAGUUGAAAGUAAUCUUUAUCUGUAAGUUUUGCUUUUUUAUUUUUUUCUUCAGUCCACCAAGAUUAAGAAAGGAAGUAAAGGAGACUGCUCUGUGCUCAAACCAACCCUGAUGGCAGCUGUGCCGGUAAGAAUCUUGCUUCAUAUCCCUUCCUUGGUGUCUCACUCACCACUGAUUUUUUUUUUUCUUUCACUGGUCCUCCACCUCUCUCUGUUUGCUCAGGAGUACACUCAUAUUCUCUUUUUUCAACCAAGUCGUUUUCAAAUGCACAAACAGAUUCCCUGUGGUUUCUCCUUUUCAAAGGAAAUUAUGGACCGCAUCAACAAGACUGUGAUGAGCCGAGUGCAGGAAAUGAAUUUCAUCCAGAAGAAGCUCUUUACCCUGGGCUACAACUACAAACUCGAUCAGAUAAAGAGAGGUUAUGACGCACCCUUGUGCAACGCGUAAGAAAUCACUGUUUUAUUCAGGUUCUUCUAAGAAUUUGGAUUAAAGUUGUUAAACUGAAUUAAUACAAAGCACUCUGUCUUUGCAGCCUGUUGUUCAAGAAAGUAAAGAAAAUUCUUGGAGGACAAGUGAGGAUGAUGUUGUCUGGAGGAGCUCCCCUGUCAGCAGCCACUCAGCGAUUCAUGAAUGUAUGCUUCUGUUGUCCAGUGGGUCAGGGGUAUGGACUCACUGAAACCUGUGGAGCAGGCACCAUCACAGAGGGUAAGAGCAGAUUCAGAGUUUGGAUAGGAAGAGAGAAGAUAUGGAAAUGAUCAUGUAAAUAAAUUUUAAAGGGUUGUGUGUAAUUGUACAGUUGCAGAUAUCAGCACUGGCCGUGUCGGAGCUCCUCUUAUCUGCUGUGAGAUUAAACUCAGGGACUGGGCUGAAGGUAGGGCUGAGAAACACAUGCUUCACUCAGUGCAGAAUGAUAAGUAUCUUUUGAUAACAUGAUUAGUCUUUGUUAUUUGACUAACUAUCCACCUUUCUUCAGGUGGCUACACCAGCAAAGACAAACCAAACCCAAGAGGGGAGAUCCUGAUUGGUGGUCCCAAUGUAACCAUGGGAUACUACAGGAACGAGAGCAACAAUGGGGACUUUUACGUGGAUGAAAAGGGACAGCGAUGGUUCUGCACCGGGGAUGUUGGAGAGAUAUAUCCUGAUGGAUGUCUACAAAUAGUCGGUGGGUGUUUUUGUACUCAUAGCGAGCUAUCAUCUGAUGGUGUUGGUUAAAGGAACACUAUUCAUGCCUGAUUUCACAGUACUAAUCCGCAGUCAGUGUGGUUGGAAAUUUCAGCAGGCAAAUAGGUUGUUUUUGACAACAGGGCUGUUGAUAACUCAAUUUUGUUUUCCCAUUAAGAUCGCAAGAAGGACUUGGUGAAGCUGCAGGCUGGGGAGUACGUGUCACUGGGCAAAGUCGAGUCUGCUCUGAAAAACUGCUCACUUGUAGACAACAUCUGUGCUUACGCAAACAGGUGAGUACAGUGCCUUCAUUUAUGUAUAAAGUGUUGUUUUUAACACCCCUGGAUGUGUUACUGAAAUCCUUCCAAUAAGCCUGCAUCAUCCGUUUAAAACCUGCACUGUGAAACAUUACGAUUAAGUUGAGAAGAAACCUCUCGUGAAAUGACUGUCAGUAACUCAUUAAAGGAAACGCCCAAGAGGAAAGUGAUUCUUACUCGGAAUGUAAUCAAGAGCCGAACUGGUUUGUAACCAGUUUGAACAAGAUUAUAAACGAUUAACUUUCACUUACAAACCAAAAUUGUUAUGCCAUAACUGGUGUCAAGGAAAUGCAUCUUCAAUACUGACAAAACUACAAAUGUAGUCUCCUUUACUUAAAAUCGACAUUAGACAUGCUUUAUAGAUUUGACAUUUUUAAAAAUCUAUAUUUUAAAUAUUUGCUCAGUCUUUUGAAAUGUUCAUUUUUGUCCUGAAUCUUUGCAGUGAAGCUUGGAAACCUGAAUUAAACUUAAAAUCACAAGUCUCAUUUUAAAUGAAUUAAUCAAUAUAAUUUCAGCACUCCAGGUCACUCUAGCCUUCUGCAGUUGUUGUUCAUAUUUUGAAGCUGACAUUAUCCACAGCUUAUAUUAUCACAGCUUUAAUUCUGCCACUCCUACCAUUCUACAUCUGAUACAUUUAAAGUGCUUCUGUUACUUACACAGCACCUGACACCUUUCUCACACAUUACCCAUCUCAUCUUCUGCUUGCACACUACUGCAUAAUUAGUGGUCCUAUGACUAUGACUUCAGCUUAUUGUUUUCCCUGCGCAUGCCUUAAUAAUAACACUUUAUUUCCUCUGUUUCAUCCUUUUAGCGAACAGAACUACGUGAUCAGCUUUGUGGUUCCCAACCAGAAAAGGUUAACAAUGCUUGCUAAGCAAAGAGGCAUAGAGGCAACGUGGGAGGAGAUCUGCACCAACCCUGACAUGGAAAGGGAAGUUCUGAAGGAGAUCAAGGAGGUCGCUGCCAACAGUAAGAGUUGAUUAUGUCUUUUCACGCUACUCUGAUAUGCCAUACUUCUUUACUUACAUGCUAAUUUUUACUCAUACAAUUUUUGCACAGUAUGUUAUUUACCGCUACUUUGGUAGGAGAUAACAAAUGGCUUAUUGUAUUAGACUGUGAUAAAUAUGGAAAAGCAUCAUCAUUAUUUUCCUCUGUUUUUAACCCAAAUAGUAAAACUCCAGCGAUUUGAGAUUCCAAUGAAGGUUCACCUGAGUCCAGAGCCAUGGACCCCUGAGACAGGUCUUGUCACGGAUGCGUUCAAGCUGAAGAGGAAAGAGCUGAAGAACCACUAUCUCCACCACAUAGAGAGAAUGUAUGGGGGGAAAUAAAUCGCCACCAAUUUCACCCAGGAGUGUCUGUUACCACCAAACCACUGUAUUGAUCUGUAAAUAGUCUUCUGGUACCUUGUUGGAUUUUUAUGCUGUUUGUGUACCACAAGCGUCCAAAUGAAAAAUGUCUUGAAUAAGAGAGCUGAAGCUGUAGAUAGAUGUAGCUGUUCAUCCACAUGUGCUGCUUCUUUUUCUCUAGUGUGGGUUUGAUUGUCGAAGAGGGGAAACUUUUAGAUCAUUAAAGGGUCCAAGACCAUUACAGCACUUGACUGCCAUCCAUUUGAGUCUGUUGGCUCUUAGUUUGUAGUUGUUAAAAAAAAGUACCACUAUCCUCCAUAUGUUGCUAAAGCUUUAGUGUUACUUCCAUUAAAAAGGCUAACAUCUAUAGUGAUCACGGAGGCUUGUGAAUGCUCUUUUGUAAAGUUGAAGUCCUAAUGUUACUGUGCCUUCAGUCUGCAGUACCUAUGUAGUGGAGCAGAAAUAAGUGGCAACUAGGUUUAAGGAAAUAGUUUACGUUUUUGUCACAGAAAUGGCUUAACAGUCAUGUAAAGUUUACAGCUUCAGGUAAAAACUGCCCAUGAGAAAUAUUGAUGUGGUUCAAAUACAGAAAAAUAUUCUUGAUGAUCAUGUCUGCUUAUCUACUCAUUAUUUUCCAGUCAUAUUAUUUAUGCUUUUGUUGUUUUGUCAUUUUUUUCUCCGAAAAUAAGACCAAAAUGUGCAACAUCAACAACUCAGGAAGAUAAGCAAAUGUUUUAAUAUAUGAAAUUGUCAAAUAGCAGGAUUAUAUAGAAAGCACUUCCAAUUUAAAGUCUUGUGGGCACCUUAUUUAAGAGCAAGCAUGCUUUGCUACUACAAUGCUCAUUAGCAUAGGCUAGUUAAAACUGGCAUACUGUAAUACCUCAGUUAAGAGUUAAUGUACAAUUUGGAAUAAGGUUGUCUAAAACUAAGUCUGUUCAAUUUAAUAUUAUAGGAGUGUUUUCUAUGUAUAUUUUUCAGGUGUUGUCAUAUUGAAUGGAUUUGCAUCAUUAAACUAAAGGAAGCAGACGUUGACAUUCACUUUACAGCUGGUUGUUUUGUGAUCCUAUUUGUAUUUAUUACUCCAUCUUUAUGGUCACUUGCCUUGUUCAACAUUUUAGGAAUAAAAGUUUUUUCAUAUUCA